AUGAGCAUAUUUGUAACCCUGGCUGAGGUACUGGAGUCACGGGGAGCAUCUCUGGAGGAAGAUGAAGUCUGGGCUCUCCUCCAAGUUUCAGCAAAAGCGUUGAUAGACAUCUCCAGCAAAAAUCCUGGUAACAUGUGCUGUAUCAUCAGCCCCUGCUCCACACUUCUCUCUACAAGUGGCAGGAUCGCCUUCAAGACCUGUAGCCGUUCUGAGGAUCUGGCCUCAUUCACCUCCCCGGAAAUAUCUCAGAACAAUGCUUACCUCAAGAUGCAGGCCACAGAGAAAAUGGUGAUUUACUCGCUAGGUAUGACGUUGUAUUGGACAGUGGAUUAUCUACUUCCACAAACUCAGCCUGUCCAGCUCAGUGACCACUUGAACAGCCUUUUACUGAGCAUGUGUGAAGACUUGCCGCAUAAGCGAGUAAACUUACUGACAGUUUUAGAGAUGUGUGAAGAACACCAUAAGAGCGCUCUUCUAUUCAGACCAGAGAACAUCAUCAAACGGAUGGCAGAAGAUGUACUACAGUUAGAUGUGAGUUCUGUUCAUGCUGCACAUCUCACAGACCAAAGACAGAUGGUCAGAGAAAGACUUCGAGGUACUUCAUGUCAGAAAUAUGUUUGGCCAUUUAAAGGGAGCAGAACAUCACCACAAGCAAACAUUAGAAGCUGUCAUAAUUCACAUCAGAGAAGCAAAAACAGCAUAUGGCUAACUCACAAUCCUUAUCUCAGAAGACGACUUAAUGAAACAAAAAUAAAGGAUUUGGGCCCAGAAUUCAUCAGAAUGUUGGAGGAACCUCUUGUCAUUUUAGAGCUGCCUAAUUCUUUAGUGUCAAACAAAGGAAGGUUCAUUUCAAACCAAAGGGACUUAAGAGUCUUAAUGCCAAAUGGACUGAACAUUCUUGUGAGGUGUGAUGUGAAGUCGAGAGCAGGGGACAUCUUUGAUAUGAUCAUCGCUCAUUCAAAUCUUGUGGAACAUUUUUACUUUGGCCUCGCAUACAGUGAUGGUGAUGAAUUUCUCUUCAUUAACAAUGAAACCAACAUUUCAAAAGUUGCCCCAGACAGCUGGAAAAAAGUACCCACUGCUACAUUUACACUUUAUUUUCGAAUCAAAUUUUUUGUGAACGACAUCUCUCUUCUUCUACACAAGCUGACCCGUCACCAGUACUAUCUUCAGCUGAGACGGGACCUUUUGGAGGACAGGUUGCCCUGUAAUAAAGAGACUUGCUUGUUUCUUGGUGCCUUGGCUCUUCAGGCUGAGUGUGGGGACAGUUUACCUGAGGUUUAUGGGAAGAAAUACUUUCAGCCUGAGCAUUAUGUUUCCAAGAGUGUGUUACAGAAAAUGGCAAUGCCUUGCCUUAAAGAGAAAUUACUACAAUUACAUGCAAAAAAUGCAGACAUGGCUAUUGAGGAGUCAGAACUUGAGUUUCUUAAGACCAUUCAACAGCUUCCGGAGUAUGGAGUGCUGUUUCACCGUGUGGCCUGUGAAAAGAAGCAUGUCAAUGGAGAGCUGCUUCUGGGAGUGUGUGCCAAAGGUGUCAUUGUGUAUGAAGUUAUAAAUAACUCCCUUACCGCAAGCCUCAGAUUCCACUGGAGAGAGAUUACCAGUAUCACCUCAGCUCGAUGCAAAUUUGUUAUUGAGAGCGGGACUUGUAAAAAGAAGCUCACUUUUCUGACUGAAAGGUCAAAAGUUGCCAAAUACCUCUGUGACCUCUGCUCUGCGCAGCACAAGUUUCACAAGGAGAUGAGCUCUCGCCUGCUCACCCACAGACUUGCCUCAGAGGAGAACAUUGUGCAGUAUGCCGCCAUGUGCAGGGCCCAAAACAACACGAUCAGAAGAAUGUCUGAGGUAAAACUCAAAGAGAGUCGCAUCAAUGCCACUACUGGUGACUCCAUGAGCAAGCUCUGUGAGGACACAGCCAUCCGAAUCCAGGCAAAGAUCAAAGAACAGAGACGCUUACUAAACCACACAGGCAUCAACAGUCCAAGUUAUUGUAGCUCUCAGAAGCUAUGUUCUGAAGUCCCUUCUAUGUGCUCCCUCCUAAAAGAUACUCCAACAUGUUCCCGAUCCACAGAGAGGGAAAUAGUCUAUGCUUCCCUCAAAAAGGAUCCCAAAAUUGGCCUUGGUAUUGUCAUUGUUGGAGAAGAUGGUGCUGGGAGACUUGAUUUUGGAAUAUUCAUUGCAUCCAUCGUGCCUGGUGGUCCAGCUGAUCAGGAUGGACGCAUCAAACCAGGUGGUCGACUGAUCUCUCUUAACCAGAUCAGUCUGGAGGGUGUCUCCUUUACUGAGGCCGCUGACAUCAUACAGAACAGCUCGAAUGAGGUGGAACUUAUUGUAUCACAGCCACAAGCUCUUAAUAAUAAUAAUGGUGUCAGUGGUUGUCUGACAGAGAGAAACUAUGAAUCUCAGAGUACCAUACUGGUUGACAGUCGGGCUGGGGAUGACUGUUUAGAUGAGCUGGUCAGUGUUAUGAUGACACCUAAAUCCAUAAAUAGGCUUCAUGUACCUGAAGUUCGCAUUAUUAAUGCACAGGAUGAUUAUUCUAGGUCAGGAUCUCUGACAUGCCUGAGACCUGAAGAGUUUUUUCUGAAGCUUCGGAAAGCUAGGGGCAGUCUGGGCAUCAGUAUUACUGGAGGUGUGAAUACACAUUACUAUGGAAGUAUUUAUAUCAAGAGCCUGGUACCAGGUGGAGUAGCAGAACAAGAUGGACGUAUCCAGCCAGGGGACAGGCUGUUGGAAGUAGAUGGCACCAGACUGCAGGGAUUUACUGAUCAGCAGGCUGUCGAAUGCUUGGCAAGAACAGGGGAGGUGGUGAACCUUGUGUUGGAAAGGAACAGAGACUCUGAAGUGCCUUUAGGACCGAUGUUACAGAACAGACUUACUGUUAACACUCCAGCUUCUGUAACAACACAGAUGAAAAACACUUGCCCUGCCUUUACUAUGACAACACCCUUCACCAUCAAGCCUAAAGACUACAGCUUUGUGUCUGACGACAACAUCUUUAAGGUGACACUAAAGAAGAGACUGAAUGGUCUGGGCUUUAGUUUAUUCAUCUCAGAACUGAACACUUCCCUUGACUGUGGCACUAUUGUCCGAAUAAGGACACUGUUCCCAGGUCAGGCUGCAGAGGAAAGUGGCAAAAUUCAGCAAGGGGAUGUCAUUCUGUCCAUUAAUGGAGAGCCACUAAAGGGGUUGUCUUAUCAGCAAGUGCUGCAGUUAUUGAAAAACUCUCCAUCAGAUGUAGAGCUUGUGCUUUGCCGCCCUGCUAAAGGGACGCUACCACUUAUAUCUGAGAAAAUCGGCCAACUGACCUGUAGCUGAACCAUAAAGGAUAUCAUCUGGGUGUUUAAUGAAGGUCUAUUCUAUGGAAGAGGAAUUGUGGUGCAUUAUGGGGAAUGAUGAAUUUUGCAGAGGAAAUUUCAAAACAGCGUAAAGCUGGAUUUCCCUAUUUCCCCAAAAGGAGUAUUUUUUUAGGAAGCUGUUAUGUCAGAGUCUUAUUAUGCCAAUAAUGCUAAGAAAUUCCCAAAAGGUGAAUCUAAAAUAAAUUUGUUAAAUUCAUGCCUAAUCCUGGGCUGUCUUCUUUUAAAGGGAUAGUUGUCCAAAAAUGAAAAUUCUGUCAUCAUUUAUUUACCCUCGUGUUACUGCAAAGACAGCUUUCCCACUGCAAGUUGUCCAUAAGGUGGCAUUGCAACCUCAUAAACAAGUCACUCAGACUUAAAAUAUAGCAAACCCAUUGUGUGACUUGUUUUGUCUAUGUGUUUUUUUUUACAAUUUACUUUAAUUGCAACAUUCUUUGUCGUAAUUAGAAAGUGAAUGAUUUUUUUUG